UUCGAUUCUGUCCCGUGAGCAUUCGCACCGAGAGACGAGGGAAGAAACCGGCACGGCUGUCUAAAAAAAUCGACGUUCUCAUCAAUAUUACUAGCGUUAUUGUCGGAAAUCAUUCUGUUUAGCCUGUCGAGUUUGAAAUGUUACAGUUUAGGUUCUCGAGCGCGUUAAAGGAGUGUUGCAAGCCCAGUCUAAGGCGCCUUUGGAAAAAUAGUAACGUUACAGAUAACACAGCCGCCGCCGGAGGAGGAGGAUGCGCGUCUUCACACAGAAGAUCCCUGUGCAUGCAGACAGAUGCGACCAACGAGAAGAGAAGGAAGGCAGGCAUUUUGCCCAGCCUGGAAGAUCUGCUGUUUUACACCAUUGCAGAGGGCCAGGAGAAAAUUCCAGCUCACAAAUUUACCACGGCGCUGAAAGCCACAGGUCUGCUUACGGGAGACCCUCGUCUUAAGGAGUGUAUGGAGAUGUUAAAAGUCACCAUGAAGACCACAUCAGAUGGUGCUCUGGAUCGACAUCUCUUCAAAAAGUGUGUGCAAAGCAACAUUGUGUUGCUAACACAGGCAUUCCGGAAAAAGUUUGUCAUUCCUGACUUUAAGUCAUUCACCUCUCACAUCGAUCAAAUUUAUGAGAGCGCUAAAUCACUGUCGGGUGGCCAGGUGGCAGAUUACAUUCCUCAGCUAGCAAAAUUUAGCUCUAAUCUCUGGGGCGUUGCACUGUGCACUGUAGAUGGCCAACGGUACACUGCGGGUGAAACGAAAGUUCCAUUUUGUCUACAAUCGUGUGUGAAGCCAUUAAAAUACGCAAUUGCUGUUCACGAUCACGGCACUGAAUAUGUGCACCGAUUUAUAGGGAAGGAACCCAGCGGUCUUCGUUUCAACAAACUCUUUCUUAAUGAAGAAGAUAAACCUCAUAAUCCCAUGGUAAACGCUGGCGCCAUAGUUUGCACUUCUCUCCUCAAGCAAGGUGUAAGCAACGCUGAGAAGUUUGACUAUGUGAUGAACUUUAUGAAUAAGUUGGCAGGAAAUGAAUAUGUUGGUUUCAGCAAUGCUACGUUUCAGUCAGAGCGACUGUCAGGUGACAGAAACUUUGCCAUUGGUUACUACUUGAAGGAAAAGAAGUGUUUCCCAGAGGGUACAGAUAUGAUCUCCAUCCUGGACCUUUACUUCCAGCUGUGCUCCAUUGAGGUAACGUGCGAAAGUGCCAGUGUGAUGGCAGCUACCCUGGCGAACGGCGGCUUCUGUCCAAUCACGGGCGAGCGUGUGCUGAAUCCCGAGGCUGUACGGGACACUCUAAGUCUCAUGCACUCCUGCGGCAUGUACGACUUCUCCGGACAGUUCGCUUUCCAUGUUGGUCUCCCGGCUAAAUCAGGUGUUUCUGGAGGCAUCCUGCUGGUGGUCCCCAAUGUGAUGGGCAUUAUGUGUUGGUCUCCUCCUCUUGAUAAAUUGGGCAAUAGUGUGCGAGGAAUCCAGUUUUGCACGGAUCUGGUCCAGCUCUGUAAUUUCCACAACUAUGAUAAUUUACGGCAUUUUGCCAAGAAAUUGGAUCCACGCCGAGAGGGCGGAGACCAGCGGGUCAAGUCGGUUAUCAACCUGCUGUUUGCGGCCUACACAGGAGACGUGUCAGCUCUGAGAAGGUUUGCACUCUCGUCGAUGGAUAUGGAGCAGAGAGAUUACGACUCUCGGACAGCCCUUCAUGUAGCUGCUGCUGAAGGUCACACUGAGGUUGUACGGUUUCUUCUAGAAGCUUGUAAGGUGAACCCAGUGCCCAAAGAUAGGUGGGGUAACACUCCCAUGGAUGAGGCCAUUCAUUUCGGCCAUCACGAUGUUGUAACAAUCCUGCAGGACUAUCACAACACCUAUAGCCCCAAGGAGACCACUACCAACAGCGACAAGGAGACGGCCGAGAAGAACCUGGACGGGAUGCUGUAGAGAUGAUCUGUCGCAUUAAAAAACUCCAGAUUUUCCCAGUGAGUCUUGUAUCUGAGGUACGCAUUUGAGAAGAAAAUAUACAAGACACAAAAAAGUCUUUGGGCCCAUUACCCUGUUUUGUGGUGUUCGUGUGUUUGUGUGUGUGUGUGAUGUGUAACCUCCGUUGACAUGGUAAGUUUCUUUUAUCUUACACUCGGGGGAAUGUAGCCUCAUAAAGGUCUUAUUUAGCUGUAUCUCUGCGUAAACCUAGAAUAUAAAUUUAAUAUACUCAAUACAAGUAUAUAUAUAAAAAGUGUAUACAUAGUUCAUGUACAUUUAUUUAUGGUUUGAGAACCUUCAUAAAUAAUGAUGUCAAAUAGAUAUUUAAGAACAGAUAUCUAAAAAAAGGCAGCUUGACUGGAGAGGGUAGCAUUGGGAGGGGUGUGUCAUUCUGAUUUAUUUGUUUUUAUAACUUUACCCCUUUUCUUUACCCUCGACUUUAGUCUUAAUUUAGUUAUGAAUCAACAUGAAGAACAGAUGUAGUUCUUUAUGCCUUUAAUUUGUCUAUCAUGUUGUGAAUAUGUCCCAAUUAUGACACUGUUCUGACUGUCAAAAAAAUUGCACUUUUUUUAUUUGUAUUAUAUUUAUUUGUCUUUCAAUAUCUUUUUAAAUUAAAGUAACACUUUACAAUACGUUUUUUUUCUAAGUUUUACAAUUAUAGUUAACAUUAGUUAAUUUAGGUAUCAUACUAAUAAUUAACAGAAUUUAUUAAUCAAGGCAAUUAAGAAAUACAUUCUUGUUCAUUGUUAAUGUUGGUUCAAAAUAGUUUAUACUGUUAAUUUAAAAUUUAACUAAAAAGUAGUAUCUGUAAAAAUUAACAAUAACCAAGAUUCAUAAAUGUGGUAAAAGUGUUAUUGAUUGUUAAUUCAUGAUACACAUCUACCUAAUGUUAACUAACUGAAACUUAUUGUGAUGUGUUGCCCGAAAUUACUUUGAAGCACUAGAAGGACCUUUUUCGUAUCAGCCUGUUCAAUGAACUACAGGAAUUUCCUGUAUUUGAUAUAUAUGUGCUUAAUGUCAAUGAAUGAAACGUACUGUAAAUUGUCACCAACAUUACUUUGACACUAGAAGGACCAUUUUCCACCUGUAUGUUCAUUAUACUACAAGAAUUUCCUGUAUUUGAUAGCUAUAUAAUUUACAGUAAGUUUAAAUUUGUUAGCAUAAGUUGAGUGCCAUCAAAAUUACUUUAAAACUCUAGAAGGUCAUUUUUAUACCUGCCUGUUCAAUGUACUACAGGGAUUUCCUGUAUUUUAUAGCCAUCUUCCUAACUAAUGUAAACAAAUUAAAACUUAUUGUAAAGUGUUACUUACUUUACAAUUAUUUUAAACAACAAAAAUA